AUGUCAGCAAAAGGAGCACCGUGGCAACAUCCUGCCUCAGCAGAGCCUUCACAAAUGUACUCACCAAACCGACCGAGCAAAUUCACGCUACAGGAAGGUCUUGACAACAACUGGGUUUUCUUCCCCGAGCCUCACUUUGUAAACGUCGACGACGACGAGGAGGAGGACUCAUCAGACGAGGGACAUGGUCACCACGACAAGUCGGGAAACAGGAGGGACUCAGUCAACUCUGUAGGCUCAGACGGAGAGCCGCGCCCAGGGAACUUGCAGAGGGGGGAUAGCUGGAUCGGAGGGUGGUGGGGAAAGGUGUUCAAGUCGAAGCUUUGA